UACUAAUAUUGUUAGGAAAAGAAGAAAAAAAUCAGUACAGACCAGUAGAGUGAGUAGAGUCCAUCACCGUCAUUGAUAAAGUGGCUCAGCUGGCAUGUGAAUGAUGUGAUCUGGUGAUGCCAUGCGGUGAUAUGAUAAUUGAUACUCUCUCAUCAUUUUCUUUGCUGAAAUCUUAAUCUUCCAUUCCCAACUCACCUUUUUCUCUGUUCAACUUCAAUUAAGUGACCCACCACUUAAGCUUUUCUAGUUCUACUACAACACAUACAUACUCUGCCUAUGCUCUUCUUAAUUUGUCGUGUGCCUGAACUCAAAAAGAAAAGCUAGCUAGCUAUUUACAUCAAGUGUCCAUCAUCAUUACCAUAAUUUACAACCAUCCCAUUUUUUUUCUCUCUCUCCCCUUAAAAAAAGCAGAUUACUUUGCCUGCUAUUCCGUGCAAUUUCCCCCCUUCUAAUUUGACUUUGCAUCCCCACAAAAACCAUAUCUUUUAAUACCAUAUGGCAAAAGAGCAAAACCAGGGCAAAGGCCAAGAGAGAGAAUUGGAACUGGAAAGGGAGGUUGAGAUUGAGGCCCCAUUGCCUCUCACUGUUACUUCUCGGGUUUUGUAUAUGUUGGGAGAUAUCACUGCAGGGCCUGCGUUUAGGUUCACGCAAUGGCUCCAAUUGGUUCGUAAACGCACCGCAAAUUAUCGUUCUUCUGGCUUCCCUCACCGCACUUCCACCACCAUGCCUUCUAGCUCUUGCAUCAGAGGAUCGUUGGAGAAUUCAAAAUUGGAGCUGCAUCCUGAUCAGACAGAAACUAGCUUGUGGGAGAGGCUUGGGAAGGCUGCAAUGUUGGACAUUGAAUCUGGCUCCUUUUCCUGGGACAUGCUCUCUUCACUGCACCACACUGAACACAGCAGUAGCAACGAACAUUCCGAGGAUGAGAUGAACAAAGCUCUCGAGGUAACUGUAAAUUCAGGAGGAGUUGUCUUCUUUGCCUUUUUCAAUAUCCCUGGGAAUGCUGAUGCUAGUCCAAAAGAAGCAGCAGCUGUUAUAAAGAUAGCAUCAUCAAGAAUGGCAACACAGUCUGAACGCCUUGGCUAUGAACUUGCCAAGUGGAUGGGAGUCCAAACUCCACAGGUGCAGGCUAGAGUUAUUCACAAUACCUGUUUAGAAUGGCAACAAAUAAAGGAAGCUUCAGAAAAAGCUAGAGAAGCAGCAAAUUCUGAGGGUGAUGAAAUUGGUGAAGUGACAUGUUUUGAACUUUUGGAAGCACUUGAGCUUAGCCGAUGUCUCUUUUUUAUGAGUUAUGUACAUGGUUCACCCUUGCUUGAAAACUCCAGUGCAUUUAAGUCAAGGGAAUCUGCAGAAAGAACGUCAGAAGCUCUUGGCAGGGUACUGAUGCUGGACCUUGUCAUCAGAAACGAAGAUAGACUGCCUUGCCGUGAGCUUAGAUGGCGAGGAAAUCCUGCAAAUUUGCUUUUGGCUGGAAAGAAUAUCUGUGCAAAUACAGAUGCACUAGAAGCAGCUUUUGAUUCUGCAGUUAACCGAUAUAGACCAAAGGUGAUCAGGGCAUUUCAUAAAGAAAGAAGGUCAACUUCAGUAGAUUGCAGACUUGAUUCUCAUAAUCCCGGCUUGAUAUCACAAUCUUCUGAUCUCUCGGACAUCACAGAAUCACCAAGAUCUGCUGACAUGAGCUUUCAAACAUCGGGAGAAUCACUGUCUCCUGACUUUAACAUUGUAGCUAUUGAUUCUGGUGUUCCUCGGCGACCUCCUGCUGGAAAACGUGCAAAUGAUCAGGUUAAUUAUCCUAAGUUGGUUGAGUUGCUGGUCAAUAGUUCUGAAUUUGCCUCAAACCUGUUAUAUGAUAUAACCGGAGCGAAAUUAGGAUGUCCCCCACCAGAAGACAUGGAAAAAACUGAUGUACGUAUUAUAAGUGACACAAUGUUUGUAGUUCAUGCAUUUCGUAAUGGUUUCCGUGCUGCUCUUAGGGAUCUGCAGGGAUUCCAUAUAUUCCUACUCACACUUCACCAAAGACUUGAUACUUUGUUGCGAUCAUUUAUGAACAUUAUAAGCAAAAUAUCUUUGGGGGAAUUUGACAAAGAAGAUUCUGUGGUUCCUGACUCACCUUCACUAACUGCUGGUGGGAGUUGUUCCUCUCCAACAUGUAAGGAAAGACUUACUAAUGAUAACCAUCAAGAUUUUAUUGAUUCAGAAUCACAGAGAACUGCUUUAAGAUCAUCAUCUUCUGGCAAUAGAGAUUGCAGUGACUCUACUCCUAUGUCAAGAGAAACUUGGCAUGGAAAGUUCUGUAAAGGAAAUGGGGAACCACUUCGUAGUCUCCGUUUGACUGCUAAGCUCCGUGACUUCCAUAAAUUUGCCAAGGUUGAUGCUGAAUCCAAUAAAGAAUUGGAACAGUGGAAUGAAAUGCUUAAAAGUGAUGCCAUCAAACUAUGCCAGGAGAACAAUUUCAACCCAGGAUUUUUUGAGGGUAGUGAUAAUAACUGUGUCGUUGAUGCAUAUGAACUUAAGGUCAGACUUGAGCAUAUUCUCGAGAGAAUUGCAUUGAUAUCAGACGCUGCAAGUACUGAGAAACCUUCAGCAGUGACAAGUAGUCUGUUCAUUGGUGGAGCACUGGCUGCAAGAUCUGUAUACACACUGCAAUACUUGGGAAUCACAAAUAUUUUGUGUUUGUGUACCAAUGAAAUUGGACAGUCAGAAACUCAGUAUCCUGAUCUAUUUGAGUACAAGAAUUUCUCUGUAUGUGACAGUGAUGAUUAUAACAUCAGCAGCAUAUUUGAAGAAGCGUGUGAUUUUAUAGACUAUGUUGAACAAACAGGUCAAAAAGUUUUAGUUCAUUGCUUUGAGGGGAGAAGCAGAAGUGUCACGUUGGUCCUCGCUUACUUAAUGCUCAGGAAGAAUCAUACUUUAUCAGAAGCAUGGCAAGCUCUGAAACGAGUUCACCGUCGAGCACAACCCAAUGACGGUUUUGCAAAGAUCUUGUUAGAGUUGGAUCAGAAACUUCAUGGAAAGGUUUCAAUGGAAUGGCAUCAGCGCAAACCAGUGAUGAAAAUCUGCCCCAUAUGUGGGAAGAAUGCUGGACUAAGCAGCAGCUCACUCAAACUACAUCUUCAGAAAUCACAUAAAAAGCUAUCAUCUGGGAGUGUAGAUAGUGCCAUGACUAUGGAAAUCCAGAAAGCAUUAACAGCUUUGAAGAUUAGCCGUGGUGGGAGUGUCAGCCCCACACAAAGAUCAUCUCAUCCACUAAUAGAUCAAUAGAAACUGCAAAUUUAUAGAUUUUGUGCUGCCAAGUAUCAGCAGGUUAGAAAGUAACGAGUGUAUUUGGAAUGGCAGUGCAAUAAAAACAAAUCGAUUAAGUUUCUGCCUUUAUAAUGAAGCAACAAUUUAUCACUUCCAAAUUUUCCCAAUUUUUUACGCAAUUUUGGCCCCAUCCCAAUCUAACAGCCAAUAUCACCCUAAUGGUGUUUUUCAGUUAGUUUUUCUUCUACAAAGUGUAAGUGGAGUAUAGGUUCGGAGUGCGUCUAACGGCUGUCCCAUUAUUAUAUGUUCAAUUGGAGCAUCAGAAUUCUUCUCAUAAUAAAGUUUCCCACAGGGCCAGCACACGGAUCAGUUAGGAUAUGAUUGCUAUUCUCUGACCCCAAAUUCGUAUAAUCAGAAUCAAGCAUAUCCCAGAUGGUGAAUUUGUACUCUAUUUUGUAAUCAAAAGCACGCAUUUGAGAAUUGAUCAAGUCAGCUAAACAGAUCAUUUGAUGUGGUGCAACUUAUUUAUAACAAUAGUUUACAGAACCGUGAAAACUACAAAAUUAGUUGCUUCCAGUAAAUCAAAAUUGUUCAUAAUGCAGCAUAUUAAGGGUAGGACCCACAGAAAUAACGUCAUUUUUUCAUUCCACCCAAACCCAGCUGUGUUCAUUAUGUUAUGGGUGGCUGAGACCACCAGCAUUCAGUUAAAAGCUUGACUGAUGUCCAUUGACAACUAAAAACAAACUAUGGCUAUGUUUUUUUAAACAAAUAAAAGAAGAAGAAAAAAAAAAAA